AGAUGGCGGAACUGGGGAAGAAGUACUGCGUGUACUGCCUGGCCGAGGUCAGCUCCCUGCGCUUCCGCUGCACCGACUGCGCCGACAUCGAGCUCUGCCCCGACUGCUUCUCGGCCGGCGCCGAGAUCGGGCCCCACCGCCGAUGGCACGGCUACCAGCUGGUGGACGGAGGCCGCUUCACCCUCUGGGGAGCCGAGGCCGAGGGCGGCUGGAGCAGCCGGGAGGAGCAGCUGCUGCUGGACGCCAUCGAGCAGUUCGGCUUCGGCAACUGGGAGGACAUGGCUGCUCACGUGGGAGCAUCCCGAAGCCCUCAGGAGGUGAUGGAGCACUACGUCAGCAUGUACAUCCACGGCAACCUGGGCAAAGCCUGCAUCCCUGACACCAUCCCCAACAGGGUGACAGAUCACACCUGUCCCAGCGGAGGCCCCUUGUCCCCCAGCCUCACCACCCCCCUGCCACCUCUGGACAUCUCGGUGGCCGAGCAGCAGCAGUUGGGUUACAUGCCCCUGAGGGAUGACUAUGAGAUCGAGUACGACCAAGAUGCAGAGACCCUGAUCAGUGGCCUCUCCGUCAACUACGACGACGACGACGUGGAGAUCGAGUUGAAAAGGGCUCACGUGGACAUGUACGUGAGGAAGCUGAAGGAGAGGCAGAGGAGGAAGAACAUCGCCCGGGACUACAACUUGGUGCCUGCCUUCCUGGGGAAGGAUAAGAAGGACAAGGAGAAAACCCCGAAACGGAAGAUCACCAAGGAGGAAAAGGAGCUGAGGCUGAAGUUGAGGCCUCUCUACCAGUUCAUGUCAUGCAAGGAGUUUGAAGACUUCUUCGAGAACAUGCACAAGGAGAGGAUCCUCCGAGCCAAGAUCAGGGAGCUGCAGCGGUACCGGCGGAACGGGAUCACCAAAAUGGAGGAGUCGGCGGAGUACGAGGCGGCCAGGCACAAGAGGGAAAAGAGGAAGGAGAACAAGAACAUAGCCAGCUCCAAGAGAGGGAAGGAAGAUGGUAAAGAAGGGGAAUUUGCUGCCAUUGAGAACCUGCCUGGCUUCGAGCUGCUGUCGGACAGGGAAAAGGUUCUGUGCAGCUCCCUGAACCUGAGCCCGGCACGUUACGUGACUGUCAAAACCAUCAUCAUUAAAGACCACCUCCAAAAGAGACAGGGAAUUCCUUCCAAGAGUCGCCUCCCCAGCUACCUAGAUAAGGUACUGAAGAAAAGGAUUUUAAACUUUCUAACAGAAAGUGGUUGGAUAUCCAGGGAUGCUUCAUGAAACUCAGCUUCAAAAAGCACAUAGCGGAGGCACGGGGUGGCCUUGAGGACUCCGUUACCUUUCCUUCCCUCCCCAAAGAUCCAGAAAUUAUGGCACUGCAACAAAAGCAAAAAGGAAAUCUGUAAACCCCCACAGUAUUCAUGAUCCCCAGUUCAAACAGACUUUUGGAUCAUGGGAAACACUGCUUUGUGAAACUCCUCCAGUGGAAUUUCACUGCUUUUUGGUACCUGAUUGCAACAGAUUUCUUCCGUGUGAACUCACGUCCAGUAGUCCCUGAGUAGCUACUUCCUACUCUUGGACAAAUGAUUAUCAGUGUAAUCCUUGCUUUUCAUUGAAGGUGAGAGAGUUUUAAUUUGCUGAAAACUUUCUUCUCCCUCUGUUUUGUGGGGUUUGUUUUCCUUUUUGGUGUAAUGCUGGCAGCAAAGUGAAGCUUACAGAAGCCCUGAGCUCAGGAGCACGGCGAGCAGGGAUUUUUGUGACCCUUGCUAAGCUUUCAGAACAUCUUCCUUAGGAACUGCAGCCAAGGUGCUGGGGUGAGGGUUUCUGUGGAGAGCACAGCAGGGAUAAGCCAUGGCAGGGUGUGGAAGGAAAGAAAUGUGGUAGGUGAGAUGCCUUCAGGUGCUUGUGCUGUGGGAAGGGUUCUUAAAGAGCUCUCUUGACACCCAGCUGAUCCAGACACAGCUUUGAGUCUGUGCUGAAAGGCACCUCACUGAAGCCUCAGUGUUAAAUAAUUCUAGCAAAGUUGCAGAUGUGGUGCUCUGUCCCAGAGCAGGGGUCAGCACUAGUGAGAAGUGGCUGAUUUGGGCCAGAAAUGGGGUCUGGGAAAAAAAAAGCAGUGAAUUGUCUUGUGGUUGGGAACCUCAGGCAGCUAAAUCCCCGUUUCCUCUUGUGCAGGGAGCCUCCUUCAUGGUGUCUGAAACUUCUGAGCUGGUGUGGGCUGAAGAGCUGCUGCCUUAUGAGUUUGAUUGGGGGGAAGGGGGAAAGGGAGUGAGAUUUUCAAACUGGGAGUGAUGACUGAGGUUGGUUUUUAAAGACCAGGAGGAACACAGAUGGGGUCAGAAUGCACAGCUCGGGUCCUCUGAGCUGUACAUGAAGCCAUUGCAGGGCUGUAACUGCACACACCUUGAAAGGUCCCAGAGUAAACACCCUGAAAUUACUGACAUGAGCACCUAGCAGAAACACCUGAUCCAUCAGCAGGAUCUGGUUAAGGGAGAGAAAUGUUGAAGGAGGAAGACUAGGAAAGAUUUUUCUUUUUUUUUUUUUUUAUGCACAUUUCAUCCUUAAAUUCCUGUGCUGUAUUUAACAAAUGAGUAAGAAGUGGUGGAUUGAAGAUGUCACAGUGUUCCUUGUGCCUAAACCUCUCUCCUGGGGGUGUCCAGAGCAGGAGGCUGUGGCUGGAGGCCAGGUGAACGGGUCCUGUGGAGUGCAGGCACUGGAGAUGUCAUCCUGGUGUGAUGGUUUGGGCUGUAGUCAGUGAGGAUACCACAGAAAUCCUAAACCAUUAUUAAUCCUGCAACUGGGAGAAGGAUACUGCUCAGAACUGGGUUUUACUUAAUCUAUCCAGCAUUACCAAAAUAGUGAUACCAGUGAGUUUGGAAUAAAAGGGUACAAUUAAAAUGCCAGCAUUUCUAAGGAAGAAAGAACCAAAACUCUAGUGCCUUUUUCUUUUUUGAGCUUGUGAUCUUAACAUCCCUUCCAAAAAAAAAGGUAAGGGCUGUGUCCUCUUGGAUGUAAUACUUGGUUUGGCUUACCUGUAAGUGACUUUUUGUGGAAUCCUGGAGACAGAACUGUCUCUCCUCAGCAGCAGUGGCCCUGACUGCAACGUGCUGAGUAGCUUUAAGAACCAUUUCCACCCCUAUACGCACAGACAAACACCACCCAAGUUCAUCAGGUGUAAAACCUUGGUUAUAUUCUGUCCUGGCCUUGUGGGAAGCAAGCUCAGCCUUUCUUUCUAGUAUUGUAGUUAUGCAAUUUGGUUCUUCCUCUAAUUUGUUACCAAACUGCCAUCAUCAUGCACACCAGGACUGACACCGUUCUGGAGCCUCAACUCUGCACAUAGCUGGGAGUUUACAAGAAUUGGUUUAUGUUUUGUUUUGUUUGAUUUUUCUCAAAUCAGAUUUUUAUAUUUCUACAGUGUUUUGGCACGUCCAAGUCUAACUGAAGCAAUAGUCUAAAGCCCAUCAUGAAAAAAACCACAAACCCUAGGCACCAAUGAGUCAUUUAAAGUGUGAAGUGAACUCUGCAUUUACACUUCAUAGCUCCUCAGUUCCUCAGCACCCCUUCAAAAUGUUUCUUUGGUGCUAGACAUAACUUAUUGAACAUCAGAGUGAAUGUAAAAUAAAGUAUUUUUAAUGUAUGAAAUAUGGAUAUCAAUAUUUAUUUUCUACUUGCUAGCAAAUUCCAGGUUGUAAAUGUUUGCUGUAGCAAAUCCCUUGUCCCUUGGGAAGGGCUUCCCUAGAAGCAAUGUCUCAGCUAUGCUUUGCUUUUUAUUUUAAAGGUGACUUGCACUAGAGGAUGCUGCUGUUCCAUGUUUUCAGAUGGAACUCAUUUAGUCUAAGCAUUCCUUUGUUAUAAGCUGCUGGUUUGGUUUAGCUGUUUAAGCUGAGAUGCAGUUGUCUUAAUCCAGCAACUUCCUAGAGCUGUGCUGCUUUUCUUCUGUGCUGAAGGGGCUGGAAAAAAAACAAAAAAA